AUGGCUCUGGAAAAUGCUUCCCUGGUCACUGAGUUCAUCUUGAUGGGGUUAACAAACCAGCCUGAGCUAAAAAUAGCCCUGUUCCUACUCUUUCUGGGGAUGUACAUGAUAACUACAUUGGGGAAUUUGGCUUUGAUCGUACUGAUUGUUCUAAAUUCUCAACUUCACACUCCCAUGUACUUUUUCCUGCUUAACUUGUCCUGCAUAGACCUUUGCUACUGUUCAGUCAUUACACCUAAAAUGCUGAUGAGUUUCAUAGUAAAGAGGAAUGUCAUUUCUUAUGAGGGAUGCAUGACCCAGUUCUACUUCUUUGCCUUUUUUGUUAUAUCUGAAUGUUAUGUGCUGACAGCAAUGGCCUAUGAUCGCUACGUGGCCAUUUGUAAGCCCCUCUUGUACAACAUUGUCAUGUCUCCUAAGGUGUGUUCUUAUCUAAUGACUGGUUCAUAUUUGGUGGGGUUUUCUGGUGCCAUGAUCCACACUGGAUGUAUCCUUAGACUGAAUUUCUGUGAUGGAAACACUAUCAACCACUAUUUCUGUGACAUCCUCCCUUUGCUCCAGCUCUCCUGCACCAGCACCUAUGUUAAUGAGAUAGAGUUGUUCAUUGUAGCAGGAAAGGAUAUUAUUGUACCCACUGUGAUCAUCUUUACCUCUUAUGGCUUCAUCUUAUCCAGCAUACUCAAAAUAAGGUCCACAGAAGGUAUGUCCAAAGCCUUCAGCACAUGCAGUUCCCACAUAAUUGCUGUUUCUCUGUUCUUUGGAUCAUGUACAUUUAUGUAUCUUAAACCCUCCUCAGUUGGAUCUAUGGACCAGGGAAAAAUAUCUUCUGUCUUUUAUAACAUUGUGGUCCCCAUGAUGAAUCCAUUAAUCUAUAGCCUUAGAAACAAAGAUGUUAAAAUUGCUCUGAAAAAAACCAUAACCAAAAGAAAGUUUUAA